GUUUCAUUCCAAAAGCGCCGCUUCGAUUGAAAACCAUGUUCUAUCCCAAACUCAACAAAUAAGACCCCUAGAGGAAGACCUAGGUAUAGAACCUUCCUGCCGCGACAGAGCCGCAUCUGUGCGCCGAGCUCGCACCCCCACUGCCUUUCGCACACUCGCGGCCGAGGCCUUGUUGGCGGUGUGUGGUUUGCUCUUGGGUGCCGAUGCCGACCCCUCGUUGCGGAGCUUCUUAGAGGUGCGCGGCUUAUAUGCCGCCAUCCACAUGGGCAUCGACAUUCUGAGAGGGUGUAGCAGCCCCUAUGGAACCAUCGGCAAUGUGUCCCACCUAGCAGGCUUCGUCGGUGGCUUCUGCUACAUCUUACUGGUGCUGCCAGAGAUUGGUGGGCGCCCUGCGCCCACCCUGCCGUGCUUGCGGCGUGGGCCUUCUGCGUGGCGAGAGGAGAGAUGUUUGGCCUUCUUCUCGCCCGAGUACAGCCUGAGCGUCCUUGAGGCACAGCGCUAUGCUGGUUUGGUCCUGAUCACUGGUGUGGCCCUGGCCCUGCUCAAUGCUUUUGUUUGUCAGCAACAAGCCCAUGCCAGCGCGGAUGGUUACUCCAUCUUCGUGAAGGCGCGCGACACCGCCUUCGACCAGGCGGUAGCUAGGACGGGCGGUCGGGGUGUCCCGCAGCGGCAGCCGUUUUAGCCCGAAACAGAUGGGUGAAAUGUGUAGACCACCAGUACCACCCAAGGCCCUUCCGCGCUGGGUGAGUGAGCG